AUGUCUGCUGAUUUCGGUUUGAUUGGUUUGGCCGUCAUGGGUCAAAACCUGAUCUUGAACGCUGCUGACCACGGUUUCACCGUUUGUGCUUACAACAGAACUCAAUCCAAGGUCGACCACUUCUUGGCCAACGAAGCUAAGGGCAAAUCUAUCAUCGGUGCUACUUCCAUUGAAGAUUUCAUCUCUAAAUUGAAGAGACCUAGAAAGGUUAUGCUUUUGGUUAAGGCUGGUGCUCCAGUCGACGCUUUGAUCAACAAAAUCGUCCCACUUUUGGAAAAGGGUGACAUCAUCAUUGAUGGUGGUAACUCUCAUUUCCCAGACUCUAAUAGACGUUACGAAGAAUUGAAGAAGCAUGGUAUUCUUUUCGUCGGUUCUGGUGUCUCCGGUGGUGAGGAAGGUGCCCGUUACGGUCCAUCUUUGAUGCCAGGUGGUUCCGAAGAAGCUUGGCCACAUAUUAAGAACAUCUUCCAAUCCAUCUCUGCUAAAUCUGACGGUGAACCAUGUUGUGAAUGGGUUGGCCCAGCCGGUGCUGGUCACUACGUCAAGAUGGUUCACAACGGUAUUGAAUACGGUGAUAUGCAAUUGAUUUGUGAAGCUUACGAUAUCAUGAAGAGAUUGGGUGGAUUUACCGAUAAGGAAAUCAGUGAGGUCUUUGCCAAAUGGAACAAGGGUGUCUUGGACUCCUUCUUGGUCGAAAUCACCAGAGAUAUUUUGAAGUUCGAUGAUGUCGACGGUAAGCCAUUAGUUGAAAAGAUCAUGGAUACUGCUGGUCAAAAGGGUACUGGUAAGUGGACCGCCAUCAACGCCUUGGAUUUGGGUAUGCCAGUCACUUUGAUUGGUGAAGCUGUCUUUGCCCGUUGUCUAUCUGCUUUGAAGAACGAGAGAAUUAGAGCCUCCAAGGUCCUACCAGGCCCAGAAGUUCCAAAGGACGCCGUCAAGGACAGACAACAAUUCGUCGAUGAUUUGGAACAAGCUUUGUAUGCCUCCAAGAUUAUCUCCUACGCUCAAGGUUUCAUGUUGAUCCGUGAAGCUGCUGCUACUUAUGGCUGGAAACUAAACAACCCUGCCAUUGCUUUAAUGUGGAGAGGUGGUUGUAUCAUUAGAUCUGUCUUCUUAGCUCAAAUCACAAAGGCCUACAGACAAGAGCCAGAUUUGGAAAACUUGUUGUUCAACAAGUUCUUCGCUGAUGCCGUCACCAAGGCUCAAUCUGGUUGGAGAAAGUCCAUUGCGUUGGCUACCACCUACGGUAUCCCAACACCAGCCUUUUCCACCGCUUUGUCUUUCUACGAUGGGUACAGAUCUGAAAGAUUGCCAGCCAACUUACUACAAGCUCAACGUGAUUACUUUGGUGCUCACACUUUCAGAGUGUUGCCAGAAUGUGCUUCUGACAACUUGCCAGUAGACAAGGAUAUCCAUAUCAACUGGACUGGUCACGGUGGUAACGUUUCUUCCUCUACAUACCAAGCUUAG